AAAUCACAACAACUGUUACCAAGAAACACAUAUUUUAUUUAUUAACUUAAAAUAAAAUUGGUGCAUCGAAAUUUUUGUUGUAAUUCCUUAACACGAUGGAAUCUUUCGCUUCUCUUAUCAAAAAUGAAUCUCUUCAAGAUCGAAUUAAUCGCAUGAAUGCAUGGAAAGAUGCUCGAAAGAAGGCAGAUGAAGAAUAUAUUAGACAACAACGAAUCAGAAUGUUUAUAAAUGAUUGCGAUGACAUUCGCCCAUCACUGAGAAAUCAGUUAUUAAUUGAUUCGAAAGUGUGUCAAUUGGAGCAAAUCAAGGACUUAGAAAAACGGGUUCAACAAAUUAAAGACAUUGAAGAUAAUUGGCAUCAAGUCCUGAAACGAGAUAAUUUUUCUAAAACUGAAAUGGAAAAAUCAAAAUUGACUCAAAGGCGAUAUGAAGGAUUAACUGUUCAAGACUACCUUAAGAGUCAAAUGUAUGAAAAAUCGCAAACUGAUGCUCAAAAAAUGCACGAAGAAAUAAACUUAGAAUUAGAGCAGAUUUCAAUUUCUAAAAAGGAAGAAGCACAGCAGGAUGAAGAAAAGAUGAAAAAGCAAGAGGAUGUCCGAAAAAAAUUAAAUGAAGAAAUUACGAAGCAAAUUCAUAGAAAUGACGAGCUAAAGAAGAAUCAAAAGAAAAAGGAACUUGAACUUGAAAAGAUUCUCAAUAAAAAGAUUGAAAAUGACAUGAUUAAGGAAGAAAAUGCUCGAAGAUCUGAUCAGGAGCAUUUUCGGAGUGAAGUCUUUCACUACCUCGAUUAUCUGAGAAAAACGAGACAUCAGAAUGAUAUCGAGCAAUGCGAGAAGGAAAAGCUAAUUGAUGACAUUAGAAAGAAGAGAAAUGAAAAUGAAUGGAUACAACGGUGUGAAUUUGUUAAGAAAAGGGAGUUGGUUAAUCAGCAAGCACGCUCCAUUCAGGUUCAUCAAAUUAUCGAGCAGGAUAAAAUGAAAAUUCGAGAUGCUGCGAAGGAAAGAGAGGAUAAUUUGAAAUUUAAUGAACGGGAAUUAAAUGAACGAAUGAAGAUCAGAGAAGAGAAAUGGAAUGAUAGAGUUAAAGCACAUCAUUAUGGACAAGAAUUAUUGGAACAAAAGAAAAUGGAGCAUUCAAGAGACAUGGCUGAAAAACAAAAAUUAGAUGAACAACUGAAGCUGUUUGCAAUAGAACGUGAUCAACGUGAAACGAUGGGGCGGGAAUUUAUUAAGAGCUUUGAAGAUGUUCUACCUAUUCAUUCCAAUUUGCUUGUUAUCAGAAAGGGAAAAGCACAUAAUUAAUUUAAACUUUAUCACUUUAUUUUCUUUUGUGUGAUUGCACAUUGAUUGCCAAUUUUCAAAUAAAAACUUACUCGCACGUUUU